UCUUCUCUCGCAUCUAUUUUUUCAGUUCUUCUCUCUCCUCUCCCAUGGAUUUGCAGACUCUCUCGUAGCAUCUAUUUUUUCAUUUCUUCUCCUUCGUAUCAGAUCUGUAAUUUUGGACAAUUUAUUCUCCCAUCUCCAGUCACCGGCAGCAGCCAUAUAGAUGGCAUUUUAAAACUCUCUUUCCGGAUCUGAGAUUGAUAAUACAUGAUGGAACUAGAACAAACAAAGGUGGCGCUGGAAUAGGUGGCUAUGACACAGAAUCUUGUGGCGGAUGAGAUGGAGAAGAUGACAGAGACGACCAGUGUGGUGAUGGAGAUGACUGCGGCGUCCAUUAGCGGCAACAACAGUGACUAGCAUCGGAGGAAUCUGACAGUGGCAAUGGAGCCGGCGACGGAGAUGGUGGCGUUGGCGGGGAAGUGGCGGCGGCAACAGACGCAAGGCGUCAGUGGUGCCGGCAACAACGCAACUCUUCGCAAUGGAUGUCUUGCUGGAGAGUGUAGAUCUGGAGUCUGGAGAUGUGUAAUUCCGUACAAUCUUUUUCAUUAGUACUACAGAGUAUUUUAUUUUAUUUUUCAACAAAGAUAGCAGGGAUUUCAUUAAGGGUAUUCCUGUCAACUCCUGUUUUUUUACUCCUAUCUCAUGACACGGAACAUUACACUCCUAAUUUUGCACUUUUAUCAUCUUUUACUCCUAAUCAGGGAAUAAUCUCUAUUAUAAUCUGCUGACACUUUGUAUAUAAACAAGGCGAUGGGGUUGGAUCAAGGUAACUGGCCUUCUCUUCGCUCUUACAACGCGAACAGAAGAAAGCCUGCAGGCAGAGAUAAGAGAAAAAGGCCGGCCGGGAAAAUGUCAGCUGAUUGGGGCGCGGUUGCGGCGGCGGCGGUGCUAUUCGUACUGUUCACGCCGGGGUUGCUGUUUCAGUGUCCGGCCCCUUCAGGCCGCUGCAUUGGAUUCAACACCUUGCAGACCGGCAAACUUUCCAUUGUCAUUCAUACCGUUCUUUACACUUUGGCCAUGGUUUUCUUCGUGUACGUUAUUGGUGUCCAUGUGUAUACAGGAUGAUGACCAGGCCACUUUAUUUGCUUUUCUUUUCUGAUUUAUGACUUCUUGAUGUAAAAAUUUGUGUACAUUUUCUUCUACUUUGAUGUAAAAUUAUGUGAUUUAUUCCAAUGGUUUGCUUCCUGCUUAAUUUUUUAUACUCAUAAAUUUCCCCUGUUGCAAACAGUCG